AUGGUUCUGGUAUAUGCACAAGAUUUGAGGUCGUUACAGACCGCCAUGAUGCAAGAAUUGAGGGAGAUAGGAUUGAGCUGUGCUGAUGAGAAACAUACAAAAGUAUCAGAGAUGAUAAUCGAAUUCGAGUCGCUACUCAAAGCCGCUGUAGUAUGUCUUAACCACGAGAAGAGGCUUUUAAAGUUGUAUUGGACAAAAACAAGCCAUGGAAUGAGCCUCCAAGUGGUCAAUCAAGAACCCGAUCAGUACGAAACAGUUCUAGAAGAAAUAGUACAGUUGGUAAAUUUCACCGAUUGGCUCACAGAGUAUAAAACGAAACUAAAGGAGUUUAUCAGGAAAGCACACCAGGACGCACUAGCACAGGUGGAUUCCAAAAGGGAUGAAGCAAUUGAACGUAAUGCACUAGAAUGGGAAGAACAACAGCAACAACAACAACCCGCUAACCAAAAAGCAACAACGGCUACAACAAAACCAGCCAACACAAGCGAUCAAGUACUAAGCAAGACCAAACAAGUUAGUGCCAAUUUGAUUAGAGGUAAUCAAAUUCUACAAGCUGGUGUAUUGCAGAGUGACCUGAAUUUAGACGAAUUGAAGCAACAGACCAGCUCACUAUCACAAAUGAAUGAUAAAUAUUCUCAAUUAGGAUUUGUUUUUGACAAAACUUCUCAACUCGUGAAACAUUUGGAAAAGGCAUCUCGCCAAGAAAAAAGAGAUGUUUACCUAUCACUGGGAUUUCUAUGUCUCUGCAUUACAUGGGUUCUAUGGAGGCGUAUCUUUAAAUUACCAUGUAAAUUGGUACUAUGGGUUCUAUUCCGUUUUUUCAAAACCAUACUGAUAUCCAUUGGACUGGUAAGGAAACAGAGCUCAAUGCCUUUGUCACCAACAAUGGAUACUGUAGCCACUGCUACUACUAGCGCUACUACUACUACUCCUACUUCAGCUACUUCGGCAUCUUUGGAUCUACUUUCAGCAAAUACAAAAUCCCUUGAGCAAGUCGUCGACCAAGCUAUGGACCGAAUCUUCCCACAUGAUGAACUUUGA